CAACGUUAGUAACGUUUAGUGUUCUGACAGACCAAAUUAUCGAUACAUUUUAAAUAUCCACAUACACAGCCACUUCAGUGAGCUAGCUGCUUAACACAGUUUAUACAUUUAAAUACGUAUCUGACUGUGUAAGUAUUCCACUAUAUUCAAAGUAAUUUAAAAACAUUUUACAAACCCAACAAACACACGGGUCGUUGCUGCCGGGGACAGUAAUACAAGGGAACCAAUACACGAGAAAUAUCCAAAGACAGAAGAACUUGUCAAAAACGUGGGGAAUGUAAAUACCAUGUGAAGCGAACGUACUCUAAAAUGGAACACCAGAGAAAGGUACCAGUGGCCGUCUUCUCAGCAGUGGAUAAAGGGGUCUUUACCCAAAAUAUGUAUCCUCUGCGACGCCCCGCUGUCCUAAAGGGUGUACCUCUAGGGCCAUGCCUGGAGAAAUGGACCGUGGAUUACCUUUGCCAGAAAGGAGGUGACAAAGAGGUCAAGAUUCAUGUCGCCUCGGUGCCCCAAAUGGACUUCCUUCAUAAAAAUGUCUUGUACAGGUGAAUUUUUGGAAGAUUCGCUCAAAAUAUUAUUUCAAUAUAGUUUUCUGACCUAGCAGAAUAUUUCCACAUACCUCCUUUUUUUGAGCCUCAGCAGUUUUUCUCACGUGUAUUCCGCAUGAGCUCUUGUGGACUACAACUCUGCACCCACUAUGAUGUGAUGGACAACCUGUUAGCCCAGGUGACUGGUAGGAAGCGUGUUGUCCUGUAUAGCCCUCAGGAGGCAGAAUACCUGUACCUGUCAGGUGACAAGUCAGAGGUGCUAGACAUUGACUCUCCCGACCUUGAGAAAUAUCCUGAGUUUGUGAAGGCACAGCGCUGUGAGUGCGUACUGGAGCCAGGCGACCUGCUCUACAUCCCUGCUCUGUGGUUUCACAAUACCCUGGCUCUUCAGUUUGGCGUGGGUGUCAACGUGUUUUGGCGGCACCUGCCAGAGAACAGCUAUGACAAGAAGGAUCCGUAUGGGAACAAAGACCUGGUGCCGGCUGCGCGGGCCCUCCAGGCCCUGAAGAGGGCGCUGGGUGUCCUGGACGAGCUCCCGGCAGACUACAGAGACUUCUACGCCCGCAGGAUGGUGCUGCGCAUCCGGAGCUGGGCUUACUCCACUCAGCCAGCAGAGGCUGGACAGGACUGUAGAGACAUGGAGAGCACUCGCACCUCCAGUGAAACAAAGCUGGGUCCUGCUCAGACUGAGACAUAGCUUGAUCUCAACGGGAUGCUGCGGGUUGAUGUUUUUUACUAAGUUAGUGUACACGUGACUGAGCUGAAAUAAGGUCCUUGCUUCACAUUUACCUGUGACUUGAACCUAAAUGAAACAUUUACCAGGAUAUAAGUUAACUAUGGUAAAUCACCCUCAUACAAACGUCAUCACAGUUGGACUGUUUUCAUUUUUGUCUUAAGGAGACGCAGAAUAUUAUUAUUGUGGUGUUAUACCUCAGAUUUGUGCCAGAGGUGGUAUGUGAAAACACUCACUUUGUUUUGUUGCGCAAGCCUGAGCAUUUCAGCAAGUAGUAUCAGGAAUUCCAGCAGGCAUAAUGAGUUGAUCCAGCAAUGUGUUAUACAUGUUGUGGGAAUAAACUACACCAAUCCACGCACAUAGUGAUUUAUCAGAGUAGACAUUUUAUUGCACAAAAAUACAAUUCAGUAGGUUUCCUUCAACCAUUUUAAAGCUUUGUAAACAAGGUGAAGCAGCUUCUCACCAGGGCGAAGGUUAUUAUCGUAGUGAUUUUUUUUACUCAGCAAGGGCUAUUAAGCAUCACUAAAUAUUUAUGUGAACCUUAAAAUACAAUCUAGCCUCAAAGCUGAAUGUUUUAGCGAUGCCUGAAUGUCAAAGCAUACUGAAAGAUCUCGCCAGUCAGUUGUAUGAAGGCUACAGUUUACUGCGGACAUGGCUGUAAAACUAGUCUCAAAAAUUGCCAUACCAUAAUAACCAUACACUUAUGACAGAGGUUGUGAGUAAGCAAAAUAAUUAGUGACUCCAUAGUGUAUUUGUGGACAGUUCCUUCAAAGGCCUUUUUCUGUAUAGAGUUUCAUACAUGUCACAUACAUUUGCAAGUUCAUUUCAAUCCUAAGAUAACGCUAACUGUAAAUGUAUAGUCACCAUCCAGGGUGGUGGCAGCCAACUUUGUGCUAGCUAUUUACCAACAGCAAUGUUCCUGCUCAGCAAUUCCUCUAAAAAAUAUGCUUUAUCUGGUUGUUCUCAUUGAUUCUCCAUGUCAAUGAAACAGCAGGUACAUUCAAGAGUUACUUAAAUCUAUAGCUAAAAGGGUGGGGGAAAAGCACCUCACACCCCAACAAAUCAUCUGAAAUAAAAGCCUGUGAAAUUGCAA